UAUAUAUAUAUAUAUAAUAAAAUAAAAUAAUAAAAAAGGGAAAAAAAAAAUGAAAACCCUCAAAUAGCACAGAGAGCAGAGACACUGAGCGACAUUGCGAAGGCACGAGACCUGAAGAAGCCUAUUACGACGUCGCAUCGGUUUCCGAGAAAAGAUCCCAACCAUGUCUUGGUGCACAAUAGAGUCCGAUCCAGGGGUGUUUACAGAACUUAUCCAGCAAAUGCAAGUAAAAGGCGUGCAGGUUGAAGAAUUGUAUUCAUUGGACCUUGAUUCUUUGAACAAUCUUAGGCCUGUAUAUGGGUUGAUUUUCCUAUUCAAAUGGCGUCCAGGGGAAAAGGAUGACCGCCUUGUAAUUAAGGACCCAAACCCUAACUUGUUUUUUGCAAGCCAGGUCAUUAACAAUGCUUGUGCAACCCAAGCAAUCUUAUCCAUACUGAUGAACUGUCCGGAUAUUGACAUUGGCCCUGAACUGUCAAAACUCAAGGAAUUUACAAAGAAUUUUCCCCCUGAACUCAAGGGGCUGGCAAUAAAUAACAGUGAGGCAAUACGUAUUGCCCAUAACAGUUUUGCAAGACCAGAGCCUUUUGUUCCUGAGGAGCAGAAGGCUGCUGGAAAAGAUGAUGAUGUUUAUCAUUUCAUAAGCUAUUUGCCUGUUGAUGGUGUGCUGUAUGAGCUUGAUGGAUUAAAGGAGGGACCCAUAAGCCUUGGGCAGUGCCCUGGAGGGCCGGGUGAGAUGGAUUGGCUGCAGAUGGUGCAACCGGUAAUCCAGGAACGAAUUGAAAGGUAUGCUAAAAGUGAAAUUCGAUUCAAUCUGAUGGCGAUUAUCAAGAACAGGAAAGAGAUGUAUACUGCCGAACUCAAGGAGCUCCAAAAGAGGAGGGAGCGUAUCUUGCAACAGCUUGCUGCCGUGCAGUCAGAGAGACCGAUUGAUAGUGGUAAAUUCGAGUCACUAAACAAAUCUCUUUCAGAAGUAAAUGCUGGGAUCGAGGGUGCCACCGAGAAGAUCUUGAUGGAGGAGGAAAAAUUCAAGAAGUGGAGAACAGAAAAUAUUCGUAGGAAACACAACUAUAUACCGUUCUUGUUUAAUUUUCUCAAGAUUCUUGCUGAAAAGAAGCAGUUGAAGCCCCUUAUUGAGAAGGCAAAACAGCAAUCAGCUGGCCCAAGGUGAAUGGUGUUUGGUUAUUCUCACUGAAUGUACCAUAUAGAAUGGGUUUUGUUGUUUUAACUUCAUUUAUUUCUCUCUCUCUCACUCUCUCAGAUGUUUUGUUUUGACCUAUAAUAACUUAUUUUUACCUAGCUCCUCAAUACUGUGUUUCCAGGAAUUUCGUUAAAUCCCAAUACCCAAAGUUACUUGCAUUUCUGUUUGGGAUUAAUGGAACACAUUUCUUGCUGGUAUAUGAAUGUGCCGUGUUGAAAGGACUAUAUAUAUAUAUAUAUAUAUAUAUUUAUUUUGUUUA